AUGGUGACUGGCAAGGCAGCUGGGCUCCCCAAGGCUGCCCAUCUUGCGCCAUCAGCCAGGCUGGCUUCACUGAGGAUGUGCGGGUAUGCGGUUCUGGAUGGUCCCAUGGGAAACCUCCCAUCCCACUGGCUCUCGACAUCUCUUUCCUCUCUUCUCUGCUUCAUCCCAGCUCCAGGUGGCUCCAGGCAAAGGUGUAAUUCCUGCGGUAUGGUGCCUACAAAUAGCUUUGUAAACCACAGCCCCACGGAAAUGUCUGGGGUUGCUGGGAAGUGGGAACUGGUGAAGAGCCAGGAGAACACAAAGGCAUUGAAGACUGAGUCCUUCUCUUCUUACAGACAAGGAGACCAAGACCCAGAGAAAGGAGAGACUUGCCCACAGCUCCAGAACGAGUGGCUCACUUCUCUGGACUCUUGGCAUUAUUGUUAA